AUGAGGUCGAGGGUGGUCGAUGUUGGGGUGUUAGAGGAGUAUACACAGUAUAUUGUAGCACAUCCUAUACCUUGGAUAUCAGAUCUGGUAGAGUCGAUUCCAGAGUUUGAGGAGGAUAAGAGACAGAGAUGGAGGAGGGGAGGAGAUCGUGGAGUGGUGGUGCCAGCUAGUCAGCGAGCGAUGAGCUAUUCACAUAUGCGGCAAGCGAGAUUAGAGCAGUCUCAAAGGAUGCAGAGUAGUGGGGGUGUGAUAGGUCCUCCUUGGAGAGAUAGAUCAGGUGGUGCAAGGGGGAGUGGAGGAGCAGGUCGUGAUCUUGCAGCAUCAGGAAGAAUCUCUAGGAUUAGUGAAUCUGUUGCAGGGAGUAUUGGCAAUGUUGACCCUGUUGCUUCUACUAGAACUGCUAAUGUCAUAGAUACUGUUGUGGGUUCUGAUACGGUUGCUGGUGUUGAUGGGAUUGUUGGUUUGACUGCUGAGAUGAUUGGUAUCAUGGGUGGUUUUGUUGGGUUGUUGAGCCUCAGUGGAGUUGAACACCAUGAUGCCUUGGUUGGAAUUGAUGAUGGUCUCUGUAUAGACUCUAGAAUUUCUGGACAAAGAGAUGGUGGAAAAGAAGUUGUUGUUGAAGAGGAGGAACUCAGAAGAUUGAGGGAUGCAAAGGGAUUGCCUCUCAGGCACCCACAACUCUUCAAAUCAACUGCUGUGAAGCCUCCAAAGUAUAUUACGCUAUAUGGGCCACCUGGUUCUGGGAAAAUCUUAAUUGAUAGGGUUGUAGCAAAUGAAACUGGUAUCUAUGAGUAUGAAAUAAUGUUGGCUGGAGAAAGCGAAAGAAACCUCCAGAAGGAUUUUGAGGAGGCUGAAAAGAAUGUCCCAUCCAUUAUAUUUUUUGAUUUAGAUUUACAAGGAAUAGUGUUAAUGGUGUGGAUAUUUCAGCUACAAGUGUUAAUGGCACUAUCAUGA